UCUGCAUUUGUGUGAUUUAAAGCAACAAAGUGUCAAAUAAAACAAUAUGAAUUCUCCAAUUGUAAUUUUUGUUGGACUGUUGGCUUUAAUUGGUACAGGAGAGUGCAUACCAGAUGAAUUGAAAGCUCAUAUAAUGGAGCUUCAGAAAAUUUGUUUCGCUGAAGUUGGAUCUUCAGAAGAAUUGGUAAUGAAAGCUCUCAAAGGAGAAUCGUUAGAUGAUCCAAAGCUGAAGGCACACGUAUUAUGUUUUAGCAAAAAAAUUGGCUUUUUAGAUGCAGAAGGAAACUUAAAUAUAAGCACAAUUAAGGAGAAACUAAAAAUGGUUUUCGAAGAUGACAAAAAAGUGGAUGAAGUAGUUGUUAGUUGCGCUAAAACAGAAGCCACGCCAGAGGAUACGGCCCUGAGUACAUUUAAAUGUUUUCAUGGAUCAUCCUUAUUCAUCGAAAGAUAUGAUUACAUAUAAAAUUGUAAUGCCCAUACCAACUUUUAAGAGUAGAUUCAUACCGAGACGGGAAAUGCAUCAUUACUGUCGAGGGAUAAUAUAGAUCACCGAGGCGCUUGUGCUGAGAUGAACAACAGCCGAGAUCAAAAUUAUAAUUUUCGCCAAUCUUUGUUUACUAUUUUAUUUAUACAAUCAUUUAAUUUCAAAUUUUAUAUAAUAUAUGCAUGUAGAAAACGUAACAGGCCCAAGAUUAACUUUAAACCAUAAUUAAAAUAAUAUCCUCUUCAGACAUGAUCCAAAUAUUUUGUAUACAAUACAUAAGCACUAAGAACAUCCUUUUUUCAUGUGUCUGGUAAUUUUUUUCUUGUCUUCCUUCCUGUGGUAUUAAACAGUUUUUUUACCUACAACCUAGCCCUUGCUAUCCUUAAAAUAUGCCAUACAACAAAUUCUGUGCGCUUUGAUGAUCCCGUUAUAUGUGUGUCUUUAUAUUUAUAUUUAUAGGUAAUUUCUUUCAAAGCCUAUUGAUUUUUUUACCGUCAAAUAUUUUUCUAAGCACUUUCCUUUCCCAUAUUUGUAUCUUUAUUUGUAUAUCUUGCUCGCAAAAGUGGACUAACCAUCCUGAUACACACCCGUAUUUUUAAAUUUUCUCGAUACAUGACUGAUAUUUACACAUACAUCUAUUAAGGUGGGAACGCAUUAUGAAAUCGCGGUCUGUGCUUGUCUCAAGCGCGCGCGGUGCAGUUCUUUCCUAUAUAUAUAAUGCAUGCAAUUCCACUUGGUGUUCUAGAGUUGUACUUACUUUAAUCGCGUUCUCCUCCUUUGUUUUCCUUAGAAACUCUAGAGACCGUGCGCGCUCGAGACUAGGAAAGAUCGCGAUGCGACGGGGCUGCGAUUGCCUAAUGCGUUUUAAUCUUAACGAUUCUUAAGUCCAGCUUGUAUCUCUUCCUCAGAUCCUGUAUUUCUAGUCUGUGUUACCCCCAAAUAUUUGCUUAAAACUGUAUCUUUUCCCUGCUUUGGGUUCACUACCAACUUGUUCACUUCAAAGUACUACUUAUGUGACGAAUUCAUGUAAUUUGUUUUCUCCUCAUUUAUUUCCACUUCUACUUUUCUAGCUGAUUUAUUUCAAAUCGGUUUUGGCACUUGUUAUUACGGCUAUAUCAAGUGCAUAGGCAAGGCAUUGGAUGAUUAUUAUGGUAAAGUUAUCCAGCUAUAUUAUUUGCAUUUCUGAAUUAUUUCUCUAAUAUAACAUUAAAUAAUACUGUGGACAACAGUUGGUCUUGACCUGAACAAGUUUUGAUUCUUUUCCAAUAAUUUUCACACUGCUUUAGCUAUAAUGUAUUGUUAGUUGCGCCAUAAUUACAAUUUUUUACUAAUUCCCAACUCUAGCAUUGCUUUAUACAGCUCCUUCCAUUUAAUUCUGUCAUAAGCUUAUAAAUAAUAUAUUAAUAUCUAAUUGAUGUUCAUAACUUUCUGUUUGUAAUUCGUUUAAGACAAAAAUUUGAUCCAUUACUUCCCUUUCCUUUUUCUACUAUUUUAUUCAUUUCAUUACUAAUGAUAGCUAGAAUUUUAUAUGCAAUAUUCAGAAUUGCUAUAUCUCUAUAGGUUUUACAAAUCAUACCAUCUCCUUUCUUUAUUAGAAGAAACAACACCGCUUUUGACCAUUCUUUAGACAUUUUUCCAUGUAUCAAUGUAUUUCUAAUCAGUGAGUGCAUUUUAUCUUCAAACCAUAUAUACACAUGUGAGUACAAAAUAAUCUAUAAUUGAAGCGUGCCAUAUGCAAAACGUCGUAAGAACCACUUAUUUACAAAUGCAGAUUUUGGGCUAAAUAAGCUGUGCUUUCUUUACACAAUAAAAAUAUAUCAUAUCACAAAGAGAGAUAUAUGAAGAAUUAAAUAUCAAAACGUAGUGAGUGCCAAAUGACAGAUGUUUGGUUUAAACUGAUUAGUUUAGCUUAAAACUUAAAAACAAAAAUUUGUUUUGUCGUCUGAAAACUGCGGAGGGCAGAACAAGAACCAUGGCAUUUUGGUUGUUUAUAUCACUCUCUCCCCAGCUAAAGUUUAUCGAGAAAUACAAUUAAUAAAUUCACACAAAGCUCCUGGGUACGAUCUCAUUGUUGGAAAAGUUUUAAAAUAUCUACCCAGAAAAGCAAUUACUAAUUACUAAUAGAAUACUGCAGACUAAUCAUUUCCCAAUACAAUGGAAAUAUGCUUAAAUAAUUAUGUUAGAGAAGCCAGGAAAAUCUCUUCAAGAACCUAAUACAAGUACACCCGUAAGUUUACUGCCACAGUUAUUUAAAGUUUUCGAAAGGAUCCUCCUCAAUAUAAUAAGCGAAAUAAUACCCUAAAGAUGAACUGAUACCUAUACAUCAAUUUGGUUUCAGAGAACAACAUUCGACAAUCCGACAAUGUCAUAUGAUUGUAAACUAUAUCAAAUAAACUUUAGGACAAAAAAGAUUAUAAACCUCUGAAUUUUUUAGACAUUCAACAGGCUUUUGACAAAGUAUGGUACCAAGGACUACUAUACAAAAUAAAGCAGCUAUUACCUCACCACAUUUUCCUAUUACUCAAAUCCUAUCUAAGCAACAGAUAUAUACAAGUCAAAGUUCAAUCCUGUUUAUCAAAUUACCAAUCCAUAAAGUCAGGGGUUUCUCAAGGAAGCAUCCUCUGCCCUUUGCCCUUUCCUCUACUUACUAUAUAAUGCUGAUAUUCCGACCACCGACAAUACACUAAUCGCCACCUUUGCAGACGUUCCGUCAAUCAUGUCAUUAUAUCGAGAUCCUAUAAGAGCAUCCAAAAGGCUAAUAUUUCCUUUAAAUCUACUAUAAGAUUAGCUGCAACAGAGGAUAAAAGUUAACACUGAUAAAUCCACAUAAAUCACGUGUUUGUUCAAAAGUUUCCAUCAACAACAUGAAAGUACCAGUGAAAACUGAAGUUAAAUAUCUUGGAUUACACUUAGAUCAAAAGUAAACCUGGAAAACUCAUAUCAAAGCUAAAAAAGAACACUUGAAGCUAGAAACCCAAAAAAUGAACUGGUUAAUUGGUCGUCGCGCACAGUUAUCACUUGAUAACAAGGCACUUCGAUAUAAAGUUAUACUAAAGCCAAUUUGGUCAUAUGGUAUAGAGCUAUAAGGUUGUAGCAAACCAUGGAACACCAAAAUAUUACAAACGUUCCAAUUCAAAACACUUCGACCGAUAGCUAAUGCUCCAUGGUUCGUAAGCAAUGAAGUAAUCCAUACCUUAGCGAACAAAAACAAAACUAGGAAUGAAAAUCAUACAAAUCCAUUGAUAGCUAACCUAUAAACUGAUCCUAUGGAACGCAGAAGACAAAAACGUCACUGGCCAGAAGACCUCUUAGAAUAGGUAAACCCCGGAGACCCAUCGAUGGAUGGUGCCCGCCUCAUGCUACCUCACAAGAAACCAAUUCAUUUACCUACUACUCUUGAGUAGAUUGUAAAUUUACAAUUAUAUAUAAAAAAAUAUUACUCUGGUAGCUAAAGGGUAUUUGGAUGAAAUAGUGAACUAAUCUAUUACAGACAUAAAUUGUACCUCCUGUAAAAUUUCUAUAUUUUCAUAUACCACCUUUUGCAUAUGGCACUCUUCAAUUUUUAUAGACGCAUUUUUAAUUCAAACUUUGGGGCGCUUACUGUUAUUAUUGUAAAUAUUGGUAUUUACCACGCAGAAGAAAAUAGUUCAGUUUAGUUCUAUACACAUAAUAGUUGGUAGUUUUGUAGUGAUGUGAGAAUCGCUGUCUAAUCUGUUUAUAUUUUUUUUAUUAUAUUGUAAUCGAUUUGAAUCUACUUUAUUUACUAGUUAGUUAAAGG